AGGCACGAGAAACAACUAUCGAGCGAAAAAAAAACGCAAGGCGAAGAAUAACAGAUCUCCAUCUGGAUCAGAUCUGAUUCGUCGGUGAUCGGAGCUCCGGCAAGUCAUGGCGGCGGCUAGGCGAUUGCGCGCGCUUCAAUCUCAGCCGGAGAACAAGGUAUGCGUCGAUUGCUCCCAGAAGAAUCCGCAAUGGGCAUCGGUUUCGUACGGAAUCUUCAUGUGCUUGGAAUGCUCCGGUAAGCAUCGCGGCUUGGGCGUUCACAUCUCCUUUGUCCGAUCUGUCACCAUGGAUUCGUGGUCGGAGAUUCAGAUCAAGAAGAUGGAGGCAGGAGGCAACGAGCGCCUCAACAAUUUCCUCGCGCAGUACGGGAUCCCUAAGGAGACCGACAUCGUCGCCAAGUACAAUUCCAACGCCGCAUCGGUGUAUCGCGACCGGAUCCAGGCUCUCGCCGAGGGCAGACCGUGGCGGGAUCCGCCGGUUGUCAAGGAGACAAUCGGCGGUGGCGGAGGUGUUGGGAUGAACAAGAAGCCGCCAUUGGCGCAGAGUGGUCGGGACGGUGGUUAUGGAAGCGGGGGUGGAUGGGACAGUUGGGAUAACGACGAUUCGUUCAGAUCCUCCUCGGACAUGCGGCGGAAUCAAUCGGCGAGUGAUUUUAGGGCAUCGGGGAACCGCGGUAGCGGGGGAGCGCCGGUGAAGUCGAGGUCAUCGGAGGAUAUCUACACGCGGUCGGAGCUGGAGGCUUCGGCGGCGAGCAAGGAGAACUUCUUCGCGAGGAAGAUGGCGGAGAACGAGUCGAGGCCUGAAGGUCUUCCUCCUUCGCAAGGAGGCAAGUAUGUCGGGUUCGGAUCCAGCCCUGCCCCGGCACCGAGGAACAACAAUCAACAGGGCGAUGUCUUCUCUGUCAUGUCUCAGGGUUUCGGAAGAUUGUCUCUGGUCGCUGCAUCUGCAGCUCAUUCAGCUGCGAAUGUUGUCCGUGUAGGAAACAUCCAAGAAACCCAUUUGUUGCAGGUGAAAGACGGCGGCUACGAUCACAAGGUCAGUGAAACUGUUAAUGUCGUCGCGACAAAGACAACAGAGAUUGGACAGAGGACGUGGGGGAUCAUGAAAGGAGUGAUGGCAAUGGCCUCACAGAAAGUGGAGGAGUUCACUAAAGAAGGAACGAGCUUUAAGGCGGAUGGUUUCCAGCCUAACGAAACCGAGAGGAACAUGUACUACCAAGACUUUGGCCAUGGAAACAAAGCAGCAAAUUCAUCAUCAAGUGGUUACUAUAACAAAUCAAAUAACUCUAAUUCUUGGGAUGACUGGGGAGAGAGUGAUAAUUAUAAUAAGAAGGAAGCAGCUCAGAAGAAGGUGUCGGGUUCUAACGAUGAGGACGGGUGGGCAGGUUGGGAAGAUCACGAUGCGAAAGAUGAUGGGUUCUACCAGAGUGCACCCGAUAAGAAAUCUGUAGGUCACAACGGGAAAUCGGACACUGCUUGGACUGGUGGAGGCUUCCUCUAGGUGUUUCAGAAUACUGGUCAGGAAAUGGCAUGCUUCUCGUAAGAGAGAGAGAGAUAAUCUCAACCAAUUUGGUCAAGGUCAGUGGUUGUUUUCCAUUAGUUCUUCAUGUCCUAUCUAUCUUCACUUGGGUUUUUGUCCCUUUUUAUUACAAUUGCAAACCUGUGUAAGGAGUUUGAGACAUAAAUCUGUACAAGAUUUGAUUAUUCAUGGGCUACUUUUUGCUUUUCUAAGAGAGAAUUCGAUUAGUCUUUUGAUCUGUAAUGACAGACCAAACAUUCUUCUUUUCUAUUUGUUAUCAUCUUUUUAUCCC